AUGUUCCGCAGGAGGGACAUGUCCCCAGGUGAGGAGUCCAGCAAGGACUUGGAUUCCAACUCCCAUCACUCACCUGGGGAGCCGUCUACCUCUGCCCUUGCUACUCCAGGGGGCGCUGCUGAGACGGAAGGGAAGGCCAGAGAGAAGGACAGUGAAGAGGAGUGGGACGGAGAGAAAGGUGAAGAGUGGCAGCUGAAAGUGCAGGACAGAGGUCGAGGGCUGAUUAAGGAGUCUCUCCUCAAGUUUGGAAAUGAACUUGGGGAGGACUCCGUAAAGGACAAAAAGAAGAAAAAGAAGAAAAAGAAAAACAUCGCCCGGCGUCAGCCUGAGACCUCUGUCAGGGGGUCUGGAGAUUCCACAGAGGAGGGUGAGUGCUCAAAUGCUGAGUAUAUGUACAAUGAUGAUGUUCAGGCCUUGCAGAAGCCUGGGGCCAGGGAUACUAACCCUGCAGAUGGCAACACCUGUAUGCCCCAGAAACCUGCACAACCUGCCUCUGUGGAAGUAUCUGGGCCCCCCGCCGCCCUCCAUGGUGACAGGGAGACCAUCCCCGCCGGUACUAUGGCGUGUACCGGUGAUCCCAUGGAGGGGUCCUUCCCUUGCUCCCUUCCCACUCCCUCCCUUACCUGCCUUCCCUCUGACCUUCCUCUCCGUGUGGUUGCGUCCCCUGGAGUGGCUGGUACCUCUGCCUCCUGUCCUCAGGCGGCUGCUGGGCAGGAUGGCACUGGAUGGAGCAGUCUGGAGCAGGGUGAUGGCCCUCCUUUUCCCUCUGCUCCCUUGGAGCAAGCUCGACUGCUCUCCCCUACCAGCAAGUCUCCUCCCCUGUUUGUCCCCCAGUCUGUUUCCCUGGAUGUGUCCAAGUUUGUCUUCCAGUCUGUUCCCCCUGCUUCCCUAUGUGUUCCCCUUAUGUCUGCAUGUGUAACCAGUCCCCCUGUUGUUCCUGUUGUUCCUGUUGUUCCUGGUGCCCCGGGUGCCGCGGGUGCCGCUGGCGCUAUGGAAGACAGGACUGCAGGGGACUCCCAUCAUCCUCAGUCAGCAGUCCAUACUGAGGAAACCGCCAGUGGAGGUAAGAAAAGUAUGACUAACAUUGUGUUUGACUCCACUGGUGGUUUAGGGAUGGCUGAGGAGGAUGGGAGUAUGGAUGUAACUGUAAAUGUAAUGAUGGGACCUAUUGGCCUUAGUAAAAAGGUCCACAGCCAGUCUGUUUGUAUUAAUGAUGUUGCCCCUGCCCCUGGUGUUGUUACCCCUGCCCCUGGUGUUGUUGCCCCUGCCCCCGGUACUAUUGCCCCUGGUGUUGUUGCCCCUGCCUCUGGUUAUGUUGCCCCGCCCCCUGUACUAUUGCCCCUGCCCCUGGUACUGUUUCCCCUGCCCCUGGUUAUGUUGCCCCCGACUCAGGUUAUGUUGCCCCUGCCCCUGGUUCACUGGAGUUAGUUGGUACACAGGUGGCGGGCACGAGCACGGGCACAGGCACCCUGACAAAGGGUGCCGCGGUUAUAAAUAGUUUAGACGCACAAGCAGGUACACGGGUUCCCCUUAGGCACUCCCAGGUUGUCACCCAGGGUUCUGGUGUGACCGAGGCCUCUGGUUCAGCGAGGGGAGUCCGUCCGAAUCAUUCCCAGACGGCGGGUCCCGGUGCGCCCAAUGCUUGGGCAUCUGGGCCACCUCGCCUCUCUGCGGACGGGCCUGCUACGCGUCCUCAGGUUUCCUUUGGGAACAGGAGGAACGUGGUACGGCUCAUCUGUGGGGGUGAGACCCAGGUGCCUGACAGACGGUGGCUGGUGACCCGGCUAAAGGAUAUGGGAUUUGCGCCCGUGGACCUGUACGCGCUCAUCCAUGCCUCGGGCACCCGAGAGUUCGACGUCUCCUUUAUGACGUCGCAGCUCCUGGAUCGCUUCUGGGCUGGGUGGGAAGCGGCCAGGUCUGCACAGGGUACAAAGUGGGCAGGAUUCACCGCUGUGGCCAUUUCUCGCCAGGGUCUUAAGAAGGUCACUUUCCUGGUGAGAAAUGAAUCCAUCCCCAUAGCAGACAUCCUUGUUUGGACUAAGAGGUUUGGGGAUGUUAAAUCCCCCCCUGUUAAGAUCUUAGAUGAGGAUGGGAUUUGGACAGGCGGAUGGACUGUUUCAGUGUUGCUGAGGGAGAUUCGAGGUGUCACACAGCAUAUGCCUAAUAGUUUUUUCAUCGGGGCUGACCGGGUAUCCUGUUUUUACCCUGGUCAGCCCAGGGUAUGUCACAAGUGCGGAUCGUACAGGCAUUACAGCAAUGCCUGUACGGUCCUCAAAUGCACUAUGUGCGGCGCUGUGGGGCACCUCCGGGACAGCUGCAGGGAGAUCCGAUGUCAUCUGUGUUCAGAGAUGGGUCACACGUACCGCACCUGCCCCGAAGCCCAGCACAAUGUAGAGUCCAUCUGGAGUCAGGAGCCGGUGGAGAUGGACUCUGCUGGGUUAAGGGUUCAGGUAGCAUCGUCAUCUACAAGGCCCAUCUCUGGCACAGGGGUUUCCCUGCCCCAGCAACAACCCAUCCUCCCCUCGGUCUCUGUAACAUCUCAGGACCCUGGGAAGGCCACAAGUUCACGUCCCCUCACGAAAAGUGUACGUAGAGAACGCACUACCUCCACAGCCAUUAUGGCUCCCCCUAGACCCCCUCCCCCUAGGCCCCCCCCUCCUAAAUUCUCCACGGUGAAGGUUACCCCCACUGAAAAGUCCCCAGAUGCACGUCCCUUAGAUGCACAGUCCCUAGAGUGGAGCACGGUGAAAGGUAAGAAACCCCCCCCCUCCAAGACCUCGACGCUGCCCUCACCCCGGAAGAUCGCCAUACCCCCUGCGGCGAAACCCCCGAAAGGGGGAGACGCCACUUAUAAGGGUGGUGUGGCACGGGCGUCAUCCUCCUCUUCGGGCUUGCAGGAGGCCCCGGUGCCCGUAUCUAACAGGUACGAGGCACUGUCCUCCAGCUGGGCCGACUGUGAGUACGAGGAGGAGAUGGCGAACCUCCCCGAGGUGGUGGCAGGGGUUGAGGUGGGACAGGAGGUGCUUCUGAGAGACGACGGGCCACUGUAUCCCGGAGUCUCAGUGAAGAGGUUCCUCGGUUCCGACACGGAGGAGGAGGGGUACCGCAGAAGGAAGGGAAAGUCUCCUUAUACUUAA